CAGACAGUGAUAAUUCUGGAUAGGAAGUUCACGACAAGAGCCAAGUAUUAAAUAUUUACCAGCGAAGUCAUGACAAACACAUGAUGAAUAGAGUCACUUGCAGAUAACCUACCUUCCCUGUUAGUUGUUUCAAUGGCAACAGUUGUAAUUAAAGGCGCCUUGCUCUGGAUCACGGUGAUGAUGAUAUCAUGGACAAAUGUGACCAAUGGGCAAAUACUACAAGACAUCAGAGCAAAAUGUACUGGAACAAAUGAAUUGGACUUUCUAAAAAAAGAAAUUAUUGCUUUGCAGAAAGUCGUAAAGGAACAAGCAAUUAAAAUGCAAAUUCAAGAGGAACAAAUUUAUUCUAUAAAUCAAAAACUUUCUUUAAAUGGUGAUCAAACUUCCACAGCCUUAUUAACAACUGGAAAAGUUGCUACAAACUCAAAAACAAAAUUUAACAACACAACAAAAACGAUUAUGACAGUGACAACAUCCAAAACAACUCUGAGUGUAGGGACAUCGCCAAUUGCACGAACAUCAACGGGCAUUAAAGGCAAAGAGUUUCUAGUUUUGUUCAUGAGAAAUUAUGCCUCGGCAUCAGGACCAUUUAGAAUGUUUAUUACAACAAAUAGUGAUUCAUCUGUAGCAAUCUCAACCUCACCUAAUUUGGAAGCAACAAUUAAGAAAGCAACUGACAGAAUUAUAAACAUUACGUCGUCUUCCAAUAUUUCGCUUCCUUUUAAGUUGUCAUGUGACUAUUUCAAAAUAGAACCGAAAGCUGUACUGGUAGAGACAUCUCAAUUGUCCACCAUAUCUAUAUUUGCUAGUUACCAUGUGUAUAGCAACGAUGGAACUUUGGUUAUUCCAACCAACAGAUUAUCAACCAAAUAUCUUGUUUCUUCAACAGAUCCCCGCUCAACAAAACCCGACUACUAUAGUCAAUUCUCUAUUGCGGCCUUACAUGAAGGAACGAAUGUUAACAUAAAAUUCAGAAUAAAAGCAACAAGUUCAAUUGCUUUACUUGGUGGGACAUACAAAAAUCAAGAUGUUUUCACAACAACUUUAGAUAAAUAUGAAACUUUUCAAAUAGGGCAUGGCAGUGAUCUCAGUGGAACCUUCAUAGUGUCUACAAAACCAAUAGCUGUAUUCUCUGGAAAUCGAUAUCAAUAUUUGAAAGGUGGUUCAUAUAGUCACAUGGUAACUCAAUUACCCCCUCUUACCGAAUUUGAUACACAAUACAUUGUACCCACCUUCUACAAUAAUUUGGCGACAUUGAUUCAGGUUGUAAGUACAAGUCCGAGUUUAAUUAACAUAAGUAUUGGAAGCAAUGUAUCGACAUUACAUAUUGCUGAACAUGAAUACAAAAAUUUCGAAAUCGAUUCAGGGGAAGUCACCAUUUUAACAUGCGAGAAUCCUAUAUUAAUCGUUGGUUUUGGAAUGGGUUCCAGCAAUUUCAAUUACAGUCCAUAUAUGACUGUCAUUCCUGGGAUUCAUCAGUAUCUGGACUACUACAAGGUUUUUGUACCGGACGGAUAUACACAUAAUUAUAUUUGUGUGAUGAUUUUACAGAAGUAUAUAAAUGAUAUUCAAGUAAACGAUUACUCAACAGAUAAUUAUAUAUUCGUGAGUCGACGCCAAGUAGUCAUUUCACAGAGCACAUUUAGCAUUCUUACAUUUACAGUAAACAGUGGAACGGUAGUCUUAUCGACAACUAAUAAUGCAAAAUUUGGAUUAAUUGUCUACGGUCAUAGGAAUAGUGAUGGAUACGCUUUUGCUGGAAACUUUGUACUUUCGUAGACUUCAUGAAGAGAGGAUCAGAUUAUUUCAAAUACC